AUGAGGAUGAAGACGCUGGCCUGCUGCCGGCGGCGGCCGCAGGACUUCAGCGUCGACAUGGACCAAGAGCCGGAAAAGGUGACGACAUACAAUGGCCUCGAGAGCUGCAUUUUCAAUAGUUCCUCAUAUGAUGAGGAUAGUGGCGUUAGUGCAACAACAGGGGCGGAUGGCUGUGUCACCGCUGAUUCCCUUGAAGAUGAAGCUUCAAGUUGCUCCUCCAGCAAAGAUGUUGAUGGCUCUUCCUUCUCUUCCCAAUGCCUUCCAUUGAGCAAGCAGGAGGAGCAUUCACUUUAUGAGUUGGAUACGCUCGAUGCUAUCCAUCUACUCCCUGUCAAAGGGAAGAACCCAAUCACAUAUACGUUGAGUGCUGCUGAUAUCGAAAUCAUGAAGGAGAAGUUUGCAAAGCUACUGCUUGGUGAUGACGUUUCUGGAGGUGCCAGAGGAGUUUGCGCUGCUCUGGCCUUGUCCAAUGGCAUAACCAAUCUCUCAGCCACUAUUUUUGGAGAGCUGUGGAAGUUGGAACCAUUGUGUGAGGAAAAAAAGAUCAGGUGGCGGAAGGAAAUGGACUGGUUGCUUUCUCCUACGACCUACAUGGUCGAGCUGGUACCCACAAAGCAAAAUGGAGCAGAUGGGUGCAUGUUUGAGAUUAUGACCCCGAAGGCCCGUUCAGACGUUCAUGUGAACCUUCCUGCUCUACAGAAGCUUGAUUCCAUGCUAAUUGAAGUUCUGGACUCAAUGGUGGACACGGAGUAUUGGUACGUGGAGAGUGGCAGCCGAUCAGGUGGCCGGGGCAAAAAUAAUGGUGAAAGACAGACCAAAAAGUGGUGGCUUCCAUCCCCUUGUGUCCCUGAACAAGGGCUAUCUCAGUUUCAGCGAAAAAGGAUUGUGUUUCAGGCUAAACUUGUUCAUCAAAUCCUCAAAGCUGCCAAGUCUAUCAACGAACAAGUCCUGCUUCAGAUCCCUAUUCCCAUGGCUGUUAUGGACGCCCUUCCAAAGUCUGGCAGAUCUAGCUUGGGGGAAGACCUGUACCAUGCCAUAACCACGGACUAUAUUCCCAUCGAAGAAAUCUUUGUUUCUCUGAGUCUGAAAACCGAGCAUAGCGUGCUGGAGACCAUGAACCGGUUAGAAGGUGCACUGUUUGCAUGGAACCAAAGGAUCUCAGAGGAGAGAAGCAGGAGGUCCCCUGCACGGCAUUCGUGGAAGUUCAUGAAGGACAGCUCGUCGGAGCUGGAGAAGAUGUCGGCGUGCAUCGAAAGGGUCGAGACCCUCAUCCAGCUCUUGAAGUCCAGAUUCCCCAACCUGCCUCCGACGUUCAUCGACGUUGUGAAGGUCCAGUAUAACGAGGACGUGGGGCACGCCAUCGUGGAGGCCUACUCGAGGGUUCUUGUGGGGGUGGCGUUCAGCAUACUGUCUCGGGUGGCGGAGAUCAUGCUGGAGGACGACCUGGUGAAGAAGCCCAACACGCCCAUGUCCUCCCUCAAGUUCGACCUCUCCUCCGACGUGUACCUGGCGGGCAUCACGGAGACGCCGCCGGGCCACAUCCGGCGGUCCCUCAUGGACCAGAUCAGCAUGGUCGACGGCCGCUUCGACGCCGUCGUCAAGAAGAGAGGGGCCAAGCAGCUCAUGUGGUGA